UUCACUCACUCCCUUGAAACCCUACACUCUUUCUGCUUCAGUCCUUCCUUUUUCCCUUUCUCUGCAUCCGAAAAUGGCCAAGAACAAUGGCAACGUGACCGCAGUGGCGGGAAACAAUGGCUCCAUCACCAUGACCGUGCCCACCGUACUUGACCUCCUUGAAGAUGCCAACUUCAAGGAAAAGGUCACGAGCAAGCCACGCUUGGACCCAAAAGAAGUUGAUGUCAAGAGCCUGAACCUGAGCCUGAGCCUCGUCGAGAAAAUCCUCAACCAAGCCUUGGACUCUGCCGAUGACGUUGCUAACACCACUUGGGCAAAGGAUAACCAAGGCCAGAGCGAUGGCUUGGCUGCCGAUUUGACAUCAACCAUUGGAAAACUGUACGACAAGUUUGAGGCCCCGCAAAUCAACAAUGAGAAGCAAACAAUACAAUUGCUUGUGGACGAGUUGUCAUCCUUUUCAUGGGAUGCCAAAGCUGUGCUGACAUUGUUAGCUUUUACGGCAUACUGUACCGAGAGCUUUUUUUACACUCAAUUUGGAGCGAAAGCCAAGCUUUUACGCCUAACGGCCAGUGUGCGAGGGAAACCCCCACCUGCUAUGACCAAGGCUUUUGUGGACCUUAGCAAUCUGAUCAGGAAGACUUUGGAGUUCACCAAGUGCAUUGUAGAGUAUGGGAGCUACUGCAAAAAUUUUGAAAAAAAGCCAGGAAUGUCAAAAUGCAUAUUAGACAAUUCUUAUUACAUCAUCGUCUUUGUACUUCGCUGCUCAGAUCUGUUCAGUCGCAAGAUUAGCAGGGGCAAUGAGUUAGAAGAGCCAGAUUUGUCGAACUUCUUAAGGCAGGUCAUGACGAAAUAUCAAUAUUUCAAGGAAAAGGGGGAGGAACUCUUAUAUCAGAACAUUGAGGAGAUUUCCAGUGGUUGUACUGAUAUUGUGGACCACAUGACAGCAUUAUUUUCAUCGACAGUCUAUCAAUGUUCCAAGAAGACAACGGUAAAGGUGGAGGAGUUGAAGAACAAGAGUGUGAUUCUGCUCAUUUUGGACUUGAAAUUGUCGGACGACGAUCGAACAACCCUUACCAGCAUCUACAAUGUGAGCACCUUCAAAUCUGAUAAUUACGAAAUUAUGUGGGUUCCUAUCGUGAAGGGACAUGAUGAGGAGAUGAAGCAGUUCCUGGACAUGAGAUCAGGGAUGCCGUGGUACACAUGCACCUCCAUGGUCAGCAAGCCAGCGGUUAAGUUCAUUGAAGAGAAGUGGCAAUUUAGGCAGCAGACGAUGGUUGUUGUGCUGAACAAAGAGGGGAAGGUGGUAAACAAGGAUGCGAUGACGAUGAUAAGAGUUUGGGGAUGGAAAGCCUGCCCGUUCACAGAGUUGAAGUACAAGGACCUCUGGAGCACACGAGAGAUGAACUGGCUCGAGCUUAUGGUGAAUGAAACGAUCGCCUCUUAUAUCGAUCAAAGCUUUGAAAGGAAGGAGCUCCUACUUUUGUAUGACUCAGUUGAAGACUCCAAGACUGUCCGUGAGAUUGAAGAAUACCUGGAGAAGAUCAAAGGAUAUUCAGUCUCCUUCAGAGAUAUCAGAAUCGGUAUGAAGCGAGACAAAUUCCUGACCCGCCUCGAGAACUGCAUUUUCUCAAAGAUGCAUGUGAAUCAAGACAUCAACAACGCCCUGACGCAGGAGCUGCUCAAGCUCUACACCAGCUACAAGAAGCAAGGAGGGUUUGCCAUCGUCGCGAGAGGGUCACGCGUGGUUGUCAACGCUCGCCUCACAGAUUUCGCAACUGUGCUGUCGCAACACCAGACGUGGAUCAAGAGGGUGACUCAGACACAGGAUUUCGAGGCCGUCUUCCAAGAGCAUUACGACCAGGUCAUUGUGAAGCCGCGCUGCCACCAUUUCUAUAUCCCCAACAUGGUUGACCACGUACCGAAACGCAUCGAGUGCCCCGCGUGCUCUCGGGAAAUGAAGACCGCCAUCACGUACGAGUGCUGCCACGGUGCUCACUGACUAGCCAACGAGGCCAUCGAGCCCACCACCUUCUGCCGGUGCUCCAAAAUAAACACGGACUGUUUAGCUCAGUGGCGUUUUCAAGUUAUUUCUUUACUUGUCGGUUUGAUGUUGCUUUUGAUAAUAUGCGGUUGGAGUAUGUAACAUGCUUGUAGGUGUACUGCAGAGAGCUCGAUGUACUCUGCAUGCAGACACCGUGUCCUUUGAAGAAAUGCUUUUAUGAUCUUAAUCUGGUU